GGCUACCAUGCUCGGGCAUGUAUACUUACUUUGCAUAUCGCUAAUCAUUCUUUCGUUGUAUUGAAUUUCAAUUUAUAUGUAAUUUCGAUUAUUGUCGAAAACAAUUGCAAGAAAAUAUGAACGAUUAUCAAAAUAUUGGAAUUUUGUUGCAAUUCGUCGCUAUUACUGUCCUCUUUUUGAAAAUCAUAUGUACUGCCGAUUGUACGGGAAUAAGCGGAAAAACGCAGCUGUUGCACGCGUUGGUUCUCACGACGCGCUAUCUCGACUUGACGGCCGAACAUGUCACGGUAUACGACACCAUACUUAGGAUAAUAUUCACUCUUAUCACGUACUGCAUCGUCGCAUCGAUAUUCCUUUUGUUCAGGGGGAGCUACGAUCGCAAGCGCGACGCCUUCAGGAUCGAGCUGUUGGUCCUGCCGAGCGCGGUGCUGGCGCUCUUUCUGAACAACCAGUUCGAGAGUUUCGAGGUUUUGCGGGCCUUCAGCGCUUACCUCGAGGCAGUGGCCAUCGUGCCCCAGGUGUACCUCGCCUCGAAGACCAAACAGAUCGAGUCCAUCGUCGUGUCGUACGUGGCCUGUUUGGGCCUGUACGAGGGCUGCUACGUCAUGCAUUGGCUCUACGAUUACGCAAAGACACGAAAACUCGUCAACAUAGACGUCGCCUGCGGCAUCGUCCAGCUCAUCUUCUACGCCGAUUUUUUCGCCCGCAAUUUGCCGAUUCUCAAGGUCAAGGGCGGCUCGCCUAGGAUCAGCGGGGCCGGGCGUGCGGCCACGAGCCGGGCUUUCGCCGACAAAGCCCAGGACGCCGAGGCUGCCAAGGGCCAACGGACCUGCGAUGGUAGCGUAGCCGCUGCCGACGGCGACUCGACUAUGGUACUCGCUACGGUUGUCGGGAGCGAAACUGAGAAGGUCACGUUACUCGCUGCCGGCGCCAAGGAACGAGCAACGAGUAAUUAAAUGCUCGCGCGGGCGUGAAAUAUUAUCACCCCCUCCCGUGGACACUUUCGAGGAAAUUACGACUUAUGGGUAUUAUAGCAGUGUACACAGUCGUACAUUUAUAUACGGAGCGCAAAACCAUUCCAAAGUCCUUUUAAUUUUAUAAUACAAGUAUGAAGCACGUGCGUUUAAAUGUCUGUAGCUAUUAAAUAGUUCAUAUAGGUGUCAUCGUGUGGUGUACGUAUUUUUAGUAUAAUUUUUUUUUUUAUUAUUAUUAUUAUU